AUGAAGUCCGAUGUCUGCCUCGAUGCGUCUAAAUUUGCGCCAAAUGCUAUUUCCGGCUCUAGACUGGAGUAUCUGCACCAACUUCAUGAAUCAAGCAAGGGGAAGCCGGCAUUGUCCAAGGAAACUAUUCCCGCGUUCCGCGAGGCGUCCGAGAAAGCUGCUGUCAAUUUGCCAGGUGGAGAAGACAUCUUAAUACCAUCCCGCGACCUGGAACGACAAAUCCCCUGUCGUGCGUUUCGGAAUACCAAGAGUCCAGCUAAGGGUGUUCUGCUCCAUAUCCAUGGUGGUGGGUAUUCUUUAAAUACCGAAAAGACCUCAGAUCCAACUCUACAGCGCUAUGUUCAAUUGACAGACUAUACUAUUAUCUCAGUUGGCUACAGGCGAGCACCGGAGCAUGUCUUCCCAGCUGCAUUAGAAGACUGCUGCGAUGUUGCCGUGUAUCUAGUCAGACACGCUCAACAACAGUUUGGUGCUCCAUUCUUCGUUAUCGCAGGUGAUUCUGUGGGAGGUGGACUCACUCUACAAACCACAUUCCACCUUCUCCGCAAAUUCCGCGAUUUCUACCUGAAGGCUCUCGUCCUGUUCUUUGGAGACUUCGCUCCCUCAGGACUUCCCGCUGUGCAACAUGUGCAGCAACCACACAUGGUCGAUGCCCAAACCAGAGAGCGUUACACCUCCUAUUACUUGCCCGGCCGCAGCACCAUGGACCUCCAACGCCCUGACGUAGCUCCUUUCUAUGUCAACCUGGAAGAAUUUCGGGGCCGCUUGCCACCAGCCCUAUUUUUGUCAGGUACGGUCGAGACCCUUGUGGAUGAUAGCAUCAUGAUGUGCGUUAAAUGGCUGCAGGCUGGUGGCAGUGGGAUAUUGAAGCUUGUUCCGGGCGGUUUUCAUAGGUUUAUGGCUCUACCAUUAGAAGUUGAGGUAGCAAGGGAAGGAUGGAGUCAUGUCGCUGAAUUCCUGAUCGAGGUGCUUUGA